CGCUUGCGUUUCUUAUCGAUAUCGAUAAAAUGGGGAGGGUUGAAACUUAGACUCCUGUCUACAAAUUUUGUACUCGAAAUCAGGUUAGGAUCGAGUCCACAUUUAAGUUGUAUGUUAUAUAGUGGAUAGUUCUAUGAGUGGACUAAAUAAUCCGUGGUCGGGCUUAAUGUGGACCCGAUUUUUUUUUUACAACACCUUGUUGGAAAGGGGCUUUUUCUUCACAACUAGGAAGGAUCAAAGUAGCACUUUGCAAGUUCACAAGAAAUUUCACAUAUUUUAUUUAAUUAUUAACACUGAUAUACGGGUGCGUAUCGACCGCUAUAAUUUUUAUAUAUAUAAUAUUAGUUGCAAUAACGCUCAUUUGAUAUAAUGAUAUAUUCACAUUAUGUACAAUUAUUGUUUCUUAUAAUGUUAAUUAUAUCGAAUAACAUUUAUUAUAACGUACGUUUUCUUUUUCUUCGUUGGUAAUUUAAUGAUUUGCGCAACAAACUCCAUAUAAAACUUUUUUUGUUCCUAGUAAAUUUGCGUCAGCCUGUAACCAAGCAGCAUACAAGAAAAAUAUUUUUUUUUUUUCAAAUUAGUCAGUAUGCUGUAUGGUCUUAGCCUGUUCAUUAGGAUCGAAUUAAAAAAAAACUAAAUUGACAAUGACAAUCUUGUGAUUCAUGUCAGCUCAGCUGAAUUGUGUAUUUUUAUUUAUUAUCAGCAUUUAUGUGUUAGAUUUUCUCAAAUUUCCGCGUUCUUUAUAGUUCAAUAAAGACAACGCCUUAUUUAAUCUGUACAAAGUGUCAUUUGAAGUGUGAAAACUUAUGAGUAGCUUUGUUUUGUUGUCGUGAAAUCGUUCAACAAUGUUUGGAAGACCAAGAUGUAGGGAAUAUACGCCUCUAGCCACCCAGCAGUUGCGACUUCGGAGUCUUAUACAGAUUGUUGGCUACAAUAUCCGGCCGCCUGAAGGCUGCCUGUAUCAGUGUAGUUUCUACCUGACACUCCAUCAUACUACCAUGUCUGCUCCAUUUUACACCAGUGAGAGGAUCUGCUCUCCGCAUCCCAAAUGGAAGGAGAUUGAUUCAGAAAUUACUCAUCGCAUGUCAUCAACAAACGUCGUUAUACGAAUCUGGUGUCAUAUGUUACCACCGAACAAGGAUUACGAAGAAACAGACCGACAAGACACCGUAAUUCAGACCUGGGGCGUAUACUUCACGGGUCUAAGGUAUUUAGGGGCCAAUUUAGCCUUAAAUUUCACUUCAGACUGCUUCAAAAGCAAUACCCUAGUUUUUCAAAUGCACGGCGGAUACUUUUGCUCAUACAAAAGUCUCAAACUUGAUAUAAUACCACCGGAGAACGAGAUAGAACAUAGUUCGCUAUCUUCAGAUUCUUCCGGUAAAACAAAAACACUGGAAACUAGAUUUAUUCAAAAUCAUAAAGCGAAAUCUAGAUCAAUAUCACCGAGUAAAUAUUCUAGACGGACGGAUAAAGAGUAUUCGAAAAGCCACAGUCCAGUUGAAAGGGGAUUUCAACAGAAUUUUCCUACAAUAAAGAACUCUGUAAGUUUAAAUAUAGGGCAGAGUAGUAGAGAUUUCAAAGAGAGGAGUGAAGAAAAGAAAUUAGAUCCUAAUUUAAUAUAUGAACAUUCUCCGGAUACUCAAGAUGUGAAAGAGUUUAGAAGUGAUGUGAACUGUGAUAAUUUAUCUAAGAACGCUUCAAAAGAAGAUUUAUCAGAGAAUAGAAUAGAUUUGAGUGAGACCGCUGAAAAUUAUGAUCUAAGGAACGAAUCUGAUGUACCAAAGUAUCGGUAUCAUGCUUUGAGCUUUUUGAAAUCAGAAAUCAGACCUAGUUAUAAUUCUGAUAAAUUACAGAAGUUGCAUAUAUUGCAAUAUUCAAUAAAGAAGAAACAAGAAGCUGUGCAGGAUAUAAAAGAGAAAAUAUACAAAAAUUCAGCGUUGACUAGUAAUUUAACAGAUGAAUUUGGUGAUGAAGUGAGAUUAAAAAGUAGGUCCCAGAGGAAUUUGUUUUCUCCAGAUGAAGAUUUGGAGAAGAUUGUGAAGAAUGGUAAGGUUAAGGAUGAGAAGCCGGUUUCUAAUGGACCGAGGCUGGCGUUGAAGUUGAAUGAUCUCCUAUCUUUUAAGUCAAAACCAUCGCCUUUCCAAAGGGCAGAGCAUGUAAGGCUAACGAAGCAGAUAGAAAUAUUGCGGUUCAAGAGAAUAUUACUGGCGGAUGAAAGAGAUAGCAAGCUAGCUAACAUACGGAGGCUGAAAGAAACGCAUGCGAAGCUGUGCGAGGAAAAUCAGGAUUUAGGUCUAGAACUAAUGCAGGGUUACCACAGCCUGUCCCGGCGGUCGGAGCGGCUGCGGGAGCGGCGCCGGGCGGCGGCGGCGCUGCGGGAGCUGGCCGCGCGCGCGCACGGGGAGCUGGCCGCGCACAGCGACUCGCUGCUGCAACAGUUGGCGCAGAUAUUCUAUAUUGAGCAGGUAGACCAGAGCACGUGGAAGAUCUGUGGCGUCCCCCUCCCCGUGUGCUCGGACGGCGCGCGCGCGGCCGCGGCCGCCGACGCCGUCGCCGCCGGCGCCGCGGCCCAGGCGCUCGUGCUGACGGCCGCCGUCCUGAACCUGCCGCUGCGAUACAAGAUCACGUUGCUGGGCUCGGCGACCAAGAUAUUGGAUAUAACUCCGGACUUACCUGACCCGAACAUACCGCUCUUCGCCCGAGGCGGCGACUCGACGCUAUUCCGCUACGCUAUGUUUUUGCUGAACAAGUGCAUAGCGCAACUAUUAUGGGCGAGAGGCCUCCCCGUCACCGAUAUGAGGCCUACGCUCGCUAAUCUACAGAGACUGAUGAUUACACCUCAUAAUCCGAACGACACUGCAAAAUUGUUCGGCACGUAUCGCUGGUUGCCGGACAACCGAUGCUCGCAUACGCAGAGUUUGAGAAGCCUUGUCGCGUCGGAUAGAGGGAAAUAUAGACAGUUCAACAGAUUUAAGGAGUCCGUGGCCGGGCAGUCCCCGCAGGCCGCCAUGUGUCUGCGCCGGCACCGGCACUCCAGGAGUGUAGGCAGCUACAACGACGAUCAGGAAGCACCCGCCUUAGACCAAUCAACAACGUCAAUUAUGGGAAGCGAACCAAACAUCUACAACACUAAACUGACCCACGUUGCGUCAGAACCACCAACAAUGAUGAAAACCCACAACUCUGAUUCCGAAAUUCUACGCCACACGAACGAAAAUGAAAAAGUAAUAUUCACUUUAGGCGACGAAUGCAUCAACGACAUCAAAACAGACAGACUUGUCAAACUAUCAAGCAAUAACCAUGAUGGUGAAGAUGUUAAAAAAAUAUGCACGGAAAUUAAACAAUUCUGUGACAAAGAUGAAGAAGGUUUAGAUAUCGUUAAACAUAUUGAAGGUAACGUGAAUAUAGAUAUAGCUAAAUAUAUGGAGGAGAGAAGAGUUAGUGUAGUCGGUGAGAAGUGUGACGAUUGUGAUGUGUGUGACGUAUCGUGUGCCAAAGUGACUGACGUAAUCGUGAUACCUAGUGCGGAAGCCAUUUUGGAUACAGGACAGGAAGCGGAUGUGGAGGUAAAGGAGUGAUUUGUAUUAUAGAUGGCUUGUGGUGAAGUGUGUGUAAAAAUAUUUGAACUAUUAAAUGGUUAUAAGGUGUUUUCUCAUAUGUGGUUCAAGCGAACGCACGAACAUAUUAUAUAAUAGUUAUUUACGAUAUAACUGCGGAAAGUAGGAACUUUCGCAACGAGUGGUGUUGGAUUAAAACACGAGCGAAAGAAGAGUUUUAAAUCGACACGAGUUGCGAAUCACCUAUUUGCACGUGUAUUGUACAACGUUUUACAGUACAUAUGGUCGUUUAAAUUUUCGAACGGAAAGUGCUUAUUCCGACCAUAUGUAUUGUAAAAUAUAUUGAUUUUAAUUUGUUGAAACUGCAACUUUCGGUGUUUAAUAGGGUUGUUUCCAAUUUUUUCAAACGCUUGUAUUACGUUCUAUAGUAACUAAAAGUUGCCCUAAAAUUCAACUUUUAUACUAAAAACGGCUUUAAAUAUGUCAAAUUAACAAAAUAUAUUUUGACAGAUGCUUUCGCGCCCAAAACGCUCUUUGAAAAUUGUGUGACGUCACAGUUUACGGUUUGACACAUAACUACAUACACACGUAGAAGAUACGAACUGUCAACCGACAUUUGUCAUUUAUCGUUGUUUAUCGCCUAACUGCCAACAGUGUCAAUCUGAGAGUUGUGACGUCAUCAGAAUCUUCAAUGACGUUUCGAGUUUGGUCACGUGACGUGUGCCAAAAGAUAUUUUAAAUUCAAUAUUUACAAAAUUAUGGUCAUUACAGGUCCCCUAAAGGUAGUUUAACAUGUUCUUAUAAUCCAAAAGAAUUUAUUGGGAUACAAUUCUGCCCUAAGAUUUGUAGAUGGAAACAACCCUAUUAAGCUGAAAGUAUGUCCUCAUUUGUACGUUGGAGACAAUACUACAUUUUGAUGUCGUGAAAAUUUAAGUAUAGUCAUCAUAUGAACUCUGUAAAAUAAAUACAUAAAGAGUGGUCUACGUCGUUGAAUUCGUCUUGCAAUAAAUAGAAAGAAAUGUACAGAAAAGCUGGUCUAUUUUAACACUGGUUAUAAUAUAAACCAAGAGGAAUAU